UGGUAUACAUUACGUUGUUGUGCAUCCGUACUGAUUCCACAGUGUACGAGUUUUUCGUUUGGGAAACAGUUCAUUGUUCAUUGUGUACUACGUAGUUCAUCGUUUAAAUCAUAACACUAUGGGUAGAGUUAUUCGUUCUCAGAGGAAAUGUGCGGGAAGCGUUUUCCGUUCCCACGCUAAAUACCCCAAAGGAGUCGUUGCUAUGAACUCAGUUAGGCGUCCUUAUGGAGGCGGUAAUCAUAAACAUAUUGAUAAUCAUCAACAUACUGGUAAUCAUCAACAUGUAGGUAAUCAUCAACAUGUUGGUAAUCAUCAACAUAUCGGAAAUCAUCAACAUAUCGGUAAUCAUCAACAUAUUGGUAAUCAUCAACAUAUCGGAAAUCAUCAACAUAUCGGUAAUCAUCAACAUGUUGGCAAAGCAUCCAGAGUUAAGAGAGGAACCAGCGCCGGAAGAAAGGUUGGUUUCAUUGCUGCCAGAAGAACUGGUGGUGGAAUUUGAGAAGGUUAAGUGGUUACCAAGAAAGGUGAUGAUUUAUCUGUAGUUUAUUAUAAAUAAAAAAAAAACAAAAGCAACUAA